AUGGUCGGUCCGAACGCGUACAGCGCGAGCAAGAGGCCCGUGAGCGCCGCGCACACGUGGCGGUAUGUGGGCGACGCGAUGCCGCGGAGGAGGAAGCAGCAGGGGAUGGAGAGAAGCGGCGAUACUAGCGAGAUGAGUGUAGUCGGGGUGAUUCCUAUUUGCGCGCCCAGGUCCACUGCGCGGUCCAUCAGGGCCGCUGCCAUGGCGGGUGUGGAAUCCGUGACGCGCAAGUCGAGUUUACGAGUGAUCAUCCUGCACGUGCGUCCCACGAGCCUGCUGUACGGCGCGGACUGGGGCGCGUGGGAGGCGACGGACGCGGCGAAGGCGGCGGACCGCGAGAUUAAGGAGCGCGCGGAGGAGGAGUUCGACGCGCUCACGCUGGCCAAGGCGCGCGAGUUGGCAGAGCCGCUGAAGUUGGCGGGAAUUCCGUUCCGCGUGCACAUCGUAAAGGACCACGAUAUGAAGGAACGCAUUUGCCUUGAGGUAGAGCGUUUGGGUGUGAGCGCGUGCAUCAUGGGCAGCCGAGGCUUUGGAGCGCACGGCCGAGCGAGGAAGUCGCGAUUGGGCAGCGUCAGCGACUACUGUGUGCACCACUGCAUUGGCUGUGCGGUGAACGCUUUUGACUUCAUGGCAGGUGACUGUCCGGUGGUGGUCGUGAGGAUGCAUGAGGAGAAACCGUUUAUCCACCCACCCUUGACUGCUCUGGCUUCUUAA